UAAUGAACACGAGCCGUUCAGUUAAGCGGAUCGACCCCUGGAGCGGCGUUUCAGUGCUUUGCGGGCUCUGGUCAGUGAAUCACGAUGCACCAUCCACCAUCCGGGGAAAUGGAGGAGUUCUUCGAGGAUAGCGAGAUAUUCGUGACGGGCGGAUCGGGAGUGGUGGGCAAGGCGCUGGUCGAGAAGCUCCUGCGCUCCUGCAACGUUCGCCGCAUCUACGUUCUGCUACGUCCUCGCAAACAGCUGACAGCGGAGCAGAGACUCGUCCGACUGCGGCAGGCCACUGUCUUUCACGUGCUGGCCGCGCAAAAACCCGAAGAGCUGGACAAGAUCGUGGCGGUCCCGGGCGACGUCUCUUUGCCGGGACUGGGCAUCGAUCCCUCGAUGAUGCAGCGUAUGAAAGGUGUUUCCCUGGUCUACCACUGUGCCGCCACGGUGCGAUUCGAUGAGCCGCUCCGCGAGGCUCUACGUCUGAAUGUCGGAGGCACCUUGGAGGCGCUCAAAUUCGCCGAGACUCUGCCCAAGCUGAGGGCCUUCGUCCACGUUUCCACAUUCUACAGUAAUCCCUAUUUGACGCGGGUGGAGCCCAAGGUGGGUGUGUUACGGAUCCUGGACUACCUUGCUUGUUUCCCUGACUCUGUGGCUCUGAUCCUUGCAGUACUACUCCUCGCCGAUGGACUGGCGGUUGUGCCUUCGACUGAUCGACGAUAUCGCAGACGACGGGAUGCUCAACGCGUUAACAAGAAAGUAAGUCGAAGGGGCAGUCCGUUUGCCUCCAUAUUGAUUCCUUUGGUAAGGAAUACACUUGGCUAUCGAUUUUAUAUAUCAUCAUUUAUAUCAUUUGGUUAUCCCAUGGCUCCCUGCCCCAGGUUGAUCGUGGGCUUUCCCAACACGUAUACGUUUACCAAAAACCUGGCCGAAUCCCUGGUGAAUGACUACCGCCAUCGGCUGCCAGUAAUAGUGUAUCGUCCUUCCAUAGUUCUCUUUGCCGUGGACGACCCAUCGCCCGGAUUCUCGCCAUCCUUGAUGGGCGCCAUGGGACUGUUCGCGCUGGUCGGCGCUGGAAUCCUCAAGACUGUUUACCUGGGCAAGGACAUUCGACUGGACAUCACGCCGCAGGACAUUGGCAUCAAGAGCAUGCUGUGUUACACCAAAAUGGGCUACGAGAUUUACAGGCAGGGCCCACCGGCUGAUCUGCCAGUUUACCUGUCCUCGUCGUGCACCCACGUGCCGCACACCUUCACCCAGAUUGCCGAGCAGAUGGACACGCUGGACUUGUGGCGGGAUGUGGCAUUUGAAAAGAACCUGAUGAUCCCGGGCUGCCACUACACGGAUAGGCGGUGGGCCUACCAGUUUCUCGUCUUCACCAAGCAGAUCCUGCCGGCCCUUAUUCUCGAUCUGCUCCUAAGGAUCUUCGGUCGAAAGCCCGUGCUGAUGAGUGCGGUUCGCAAGGCCUACCAAACGCUGGAGGUGAUGCAGCCCUUCAUGUUCAACAACUGGGACAGUCCCGGUGUUACGGACAUGGAGUCGCUGUCCAAGCAUAGCGAGGGUUCUGCGUUCAACUUGGAUGCCUUCAACCAUCCGGACAUCCAUGGCCUGGUGAUUCAAUCCUGCGGCAACAUGCUCUACAGUAUCCGAACGCACUUGCUACGCGAGGAUCCGAAGACUCUGGGGCGUUCCAAGAGAAUCUUAAGGAUCAAGGUGUUCCUCUACCGGCUGCUUCGCCUCUUUUUGCUCUACAAGCUGAUCCUCUGGCUUUGGAGAAGCUAUAUGGCGCAUCUCUUCUAGACUACAAUGUUUUAAUGUUACCUUUUUCCCUUUUUUUUUUUCAAUCUAAGUAGAAUUGAAUUUUAAGUCAGCUCAAAUAAAUCAAACGUCAUUCUA